CCUCGUGGAAGCUUUCAAUUGAACAAUACUAUUUCAGUGAUAACUUUUUUCAUUUGUGACUUCACCGUGCAGCUCCUAACAAAGUUGACUGUGGAAAAUAUCGAAUAUAGCUCGUUGAAAUAUCUGAAAUAUGUAUAUUUUGAAAACUUUUUGUACACUUUUAUCAAAAAUAAACAUAAAUAAAAGGAAUAGAUUAGCAUUUAUCCACAUAUUCUCAAGUCCAGUGCGCAAAAUUCGGCCAACUCCGAAAACUAAACGCCAAUGUCCACAGCUGAUAUCAGUUAGAAGUGUCUAAAUAAUUUGUGCAAAGAUUCAAGUGAAGACUACGUAGUUUUUACUACAUAGAUACAUGCAUACAUUCUAUAUUUUUUAAACUAAUUAAGUGCAAUUAGCCUUAAAAAGAAAAAUUUAACAACGAUUAUAGGGGAGUGCCCUCAGCCACGUAAAUGUUUUUAAAUUGGCGUAUCAGGAGAAACAUACGAUCAAAAAUGUGGUAAUACUUGGUCCAAGCUCACAAUUAUCAUUUUAUCACCUGUGCUGCCUCUAAACAUCUCUGAACUCCAUAUCUAACAAUUGCAGCUGCUGCAAAAUCAUAAUAUUGUACGGAAAUCGCAGAGAAUAGCAACAGAGAUACUGUGAGUGAUAAUUUUUCUUAGGUUGACACCAAUAGUGACGUUUACCAAAAAAAAUGGAAACGGUUUUCAUUUAGGGUGUCAAGAAAUUUGAUUCCAAGGAUUUUAUACCUACAUACAUAUAUAUAGAUUUAUUUAUUAGGUUUCAGCUAAUUUAUACGUAUGUUUUGUGUAUGUAUAUAUUUCAGUUGAUUUAGUUUGAUUGGCCUGAUAGAGCCGAAUAUAACUGCAAUUGUAUGCACGAAAUUGCACUCAACAUUGUAUCACUUCAUUGAUAACCUUUUAUAGGAUUGACGUUAUUGUUUCCUUUUUCAAUAAUAGUGCAACGGUUGUAUUUUAUCAUCGAUCUAACAAAUCCGUUUGAAUUCAACAUUUUAUUGUAUCUCAUAUAGUACGUGCAUAUGUACAUACUUAUAUGUAUCUAGGUAUAUAGUUUCGGGUUACUUGAGUAACAACACCACAAAAUACAAAAAAGGCUAUCCAACGCCAACAUAGUAAAUACCAAUCCGCUAACAUCGCGGUGGCACAGUUUAAAAAUUUGCGUAUUGUAAGAUAUCGACAGUUCCAAUUUUCCCAAUCAAGCGUGUGGUAGAGCUUCACAAUGACAACCAAAUCUAAGACUCAACAGGAGAAGCACAAAAUGUCCGAGAUCGACGAAAAUAUUUCGAAAAUGUUUGAUAUAAAAAAGCGGUUGGGUAAAGGAGCAUAUGGCAUUGUGUGGAAAGCAUUGGAUAAGCGUACAAACGAAACGGUAGCAGUAAAGAAAAUUUUCGACGCAUUUCGUGACGAAACUGAUGCGCAACGAACUUUUCGAGAAAUUGUUUUUCUGAAGGCAUUUCGUAAUCAUCCCAAUGUCAUACGAUUAUUAACUGUAUAUCGAGCAUCGAAUAAUUUAGACAUAUACCUCAUUUUUGAAUAUAUGGAAAGUGACUUGCAUAACAUCAUUAAGAAGGGCACUAUUUUGAAGGAUAUUCAUAAAAGAUAUGUGAUGUACCAAUUAAUUAAUGCCAUUAAGUAUAUACAUUCCGGAAAUGUGAUACAUAGGGACCUGAAACCAAGUAACGUACUCAUAGAUAGUAAAUGCAGAUGUAAAUUGGCCGAUUUCGGACUAGCACGAUCUGUUUCGAAUCGGCCAAUGCGAGAGAGUAACGAUAUGACUAGUGAUCACGUCAUCGAGCCCAUACUUACAGAUUAUGUCGCUACGCGUUGGUACAGAGCUCCAGAAAUUCUUGUCGCUAGUAAAAGAUAUACCAAAGGGAUCGAUAUGUGGAGCUUGGGUUGCAUACUUGGUGAAAUGAUUCGGGGAAAACCAUUGUUUCAAGGCAGUAGUACUGUUAAUCAAAUAGAAAGGAUAGUAACAGCUCUACCAGAAAUAACAGAUCACGACGUUAAAGCAGUGGGAGCUGGUUUCGGAUCCGUACUUCUUAGCAAACAGAUUUCACGUGAAAGGAAAACAUCAUUAAAUGAAAUUAUGUCUGAUGCUCCAGAAGAUGCUUUAAAUAUGGUCAAAUCAUUAUUAGUCUUAGAUCCUUUGGCUCGGCUUACAGCGAAACAAGCCCUUGGCCAUCCAUAUGUAGAAAAAUUUCGCAACUCUAUACCAGAAAUUGAAUUGAGCGUGGACAUUUUGCCACCAUUCCGCGAUGAUGUGCGUCUGACGGUACCUGAAUAUCGGUCAAAGUUAUACGAAAUUGUCCAACAUAACAACGAAAAAUCAGACAAACGCCAUUCGACUGCAACUGCUAAGGGUUCCAACAUAAAUCAAAAAGAUCACAAGCUUUCAACAUCCUACGACAAGACUGAUCUAUUAAAGAAACCCCACAGGACUAAGCAAGGCAAAAUCUCAGAGGACAAAUAUAUUUCAAGAGAUAAGUAUCUAACUCGACCGGAGAAACACGAAAGCGAAACACAACCAUCUAUCAGCGUGCCCAGCAUAAACGGUAAAUCCACUAAAAAGUUAACUACGAUAUCUCCUAAUGCAAAACGCAAGUCCGGCAAAACACUUUCUAAAUACUUUGUCCAGCAAAGAGCAGAAGUUUCAAAAGAUAAGAAGCACUUAAAAGUACAUGAAAGCUGUGAUGAUCAUUUUCCCGUAAAUGUUAUUGACAAGCGUCAUUCCAUAGAUGCGGGCUACGCUAGUCUUCCAGAUGGUAGAGUAGGUUUAGGAGGACAAUUGGGAGAACUAGUUGGUAGACAGACUACAUCACCGAGCGGCGCACUAAAAAAACUUGAUAGCACACGGCGACAACACCGUAGCUCGUCGUCGAUAAGUAAAGGUGAACAAAAACACAAAACCGAGCAAGCAACCACUCACCUUCUUCAGCAUCAACAAAAUAAAGAUAGCAGUUUUGCUUAUCCAGAUAUCGACAUAGAAGUUCAAGAUCCAUACAACAAUGACAGCGCUCCAUUUUUAAAGAAACCUUCAUAUGUUCGGAACUCUAAAUCGGACGUAACGAAUACCAUUGGCAGUGGUCUGACAAAGUCUACUGAAAACAUAGUCAGAGGAAAUGAUCGAUUAUGUUAUGAAAAACGAUUGAAAAAACUAGAGGAAGAAAUAGAAAAAUACAAAAAGGAAGUAAAGUCAUUUUGUAAAGAAACAUUUAGUUAUACGCAUCAAAACUCGCCACAAAAGCAUAGUAAGGGCAAUAGUCAGAUUCGAAGUCAAAUCCAAAAUAACUUCCGAAACGCAACUAAUAACCAAAUACAACAUACUCGUCCCCAUUCUCCGCAACAGGCAUAUCUGGAACGAACGAAAUCCGAUGUUAAAAACAAUAGACAUCAACAACAAAACAAACAAAAUUUGUCCAAUACAAAACAAAAUCCCUAUUAUGAUUUACUUGCUAAGGUAACUCGUGAUUCUGGAAGUAAAAAUGGCAUUAAUUCAGCGAUUUUCAAUGGUACUCUCAACGUUGGAGCUGUACCUAUAGCUGCUGAAAACGAAGGAGGGGAAUAUAUUAUAGACCGAUCGACAAAAAUGUCGAAUAAAAACGUAUUGAUAGAAGAAAAACAUCAGUCCUUCCCCGCGCACUCUAACAUAUCAAAAAUGAAUCAGCCGCAUCAUCAGUCUACACACAACAUUCAUCGCAACGGCAGACCCAUGUCGAAAUUCAUAGCACGACCAGCCCAACAUAGUAGCCACUUAACGAAGCAUACAUUAACAAAUUGUCAAUGAUAUUGAUUUUACUAUUCUAUGCUAGAAUAACUGCCAUUUUAUCUAAGUUAUUAAAUGCGCGUUUUUAUGUACGUGUAAUGGUAAUUCUGUAUACAUACAUAUGUAUAUGUACUUACCAGUAUAUAUCCAAUUAAAAUAUAUUUCUAUGAGUGUCUAUAUUCACUGAAUAUUUUAAAGAACUACAUAUGUACAUAUAUUGAUAAUUUUUAUCUUAUCCAAAUUAAGGGCUAAUAAUCUGAUGAUACAGGUCAUGAGUAAAAUAAACACUUAAGUAUAGAAUCUUAAAAAAUCAAAGGCAGGCGAAAAAUGAACUUGGACAAAGAAUUCAAUCAUUUUUUGGAAACACAGUAUGUCCAAGAUAAUAAUUUUCUUAAGAAAGCGUUUACCCUGACAAAUAUAUAUGUAUGUAUCUUACAAAAUAGCGAAAAUAAUUUAUUAGAUUUGGAGAUGCUAGACCGAUUUUAUGUGUUUUUAACUCGAAGUCACAUUGAUAUCAUCAAAAUGUGUCCCUUAACUCCAGUAAAUUGCCUCAGAUAUUUACCUACAUAUAUUAUUGAAAUAAUCGGCCUAAUGUACGGAAAUUUUCCUAUUUGGUACAUUACUUCUGCAGCAUCCUAUUGCCAACUAAAUUUGAAUAAAAGCAUAUUUUUCCUUUUCACUUCAAUUCAUAAAAUUAACCAAUAAAGGUCAUUUUCACACCAAUUUUAGGGUAGUUUUUUAAAUUAGUACAUUAAGGCCCUACGGUGAGCAUCUAUAUCAAAUUUGACUACCGUUAGUUUUACUUAACUAUUAUAUUCUGUGCAACAUGUUGCGAGAGCACAAAAACGAUUUCUAAUUAAAUUAAUUUUUGUGAUGCGUCAGAAUUGUGAGUUAAUUACGUCCAAUCUAAAGAACAUACAUACAUACUUUAAAGAAUGUCACAAUUAUAUGAUGAUUGAGAGAACAAUGAAUAUAUUUAAAAUAUUCCCACUCUUUGCUCUCAAAUUGGACUCUUGAUUAGAAAUAAACGAUUAAUCUUCGAGAAGUGGCGUUAUAAGCCACUUCCAAUGCAUUCUAUAACAUUUGGUUGUGUCCAUAGGGGUGCUCACUUAUGAAUGAAACAAAACAAUUGUUAUUCAUAGAUAAUUGCUAAUAAAUUUCGAUGAAGUACUAUUUUUUUACUUGCAUAUAGAAAUUAUUGCGUACAUAUUGUAUUUUAUGUUCUUUUCGAUAAAUUUAAAUUAUUUCCAAUGUUCAUAAAAAUAAGCAAAACCUAUGUUCGGGUAUAACGGAACACUUUAUACCUUUGUGAUUCCCGAAGGCAAUGAAUUUAUUUCAGAUGUUGCUAAAACUUUACAUUAAACAAGAAAAAACGUAAACUUCGACUGCAACGAAGGGUAUAAAUAUUCUUUAUUUGGAUUUUGAUCGGUUCGAUCUUAACAUUUUCUUCGGAGUAAUCUCCGAAUUC